GAGCCAUCGGCUCGUUGAAAGACAAUUUUCCAAGCAAAAAGCAGUAAAAAGUAGCAAAAAGUAAUAAAAAAUGUUCUGGGGAAUAAGUCCAGCCCUUGAUCUUCAAAAGGAAUAUCUAAAACAUGGUGAUAAAGGUGCGUACGAAUUAAAUUUUCUGAUCAUAGGCGGUUGUGAUGCGAGACAUAUCCUCAAAACUUUGGCCCAAGCGUACCGACAUACAAGACGGUAUAUGAACAUAUUCGUAAUAGAUGGCUGCCCAGAAAUCAUAGCUCGACAAAUCCUCCUCCUGUCUAUGGCCUUGGAGAAAACGAAUCGAAGUGGUCUUCUAGAGAAAACCAGACGGUUCCUCGAAAUCUACGGAAAUAUGCUUCUGCGACCUCCAACUUCAAGGUAUCUUGUUGCAAAAGCACGUCAGUUAGUUGGAAUGAUAACAAACCCUGAAUACAUGAGCUGUCUCCUACCCUGUGUGUCAGUAGACCAAAUGAAGUACCGGGAGAGAGAUUACAUGGAGAACCUUUUUAGCUUCUGGACGACUGGGAACACAAACCAGUUCAACGCAUGCGAGUUGUGGGACCAUAGAGUCAGAUUAAACCUCGGUGUCAGAUAUGAUAAUAGAGUUGGAGUGUUCGACUGGGAUUAUCAUAUGCGCUUGAAGGAAGCAGCCAGCCAGAUAUGCUUUCAAGAGUACAAGCAUUUUAGAGAACAUGGAAUAGCUUUUACUUGGUUGGAAACGGAGGUUUGCCGACCGAACGUUUCGUUGGCUGCUGGAGUUUACAAGUGUGGGAAUAGAUACCUUCACCGUGGAUAUCUUGGGGAUUUAGUCACUUCUCCAUACAUCGCAUAUGGCCUCGAUUGCGAAGACGAGGAUAUGCUAAAGUCCACUCAUGGGGUCAAUUACAAAAGAUCGACUGAUAUAUCAGAGCGUAAUGUAAUGAGGAUGCUCUAUGAAAUCGAAACGCGUAAGCCGUUUGAGCCUAACGUGAUGAAUUUGGAUACCCAACAGAAUUUGGGUAUGACAGUUUUAUGCGAGCUCGAUGCAAAGAUUUCUGAAAGUGGGCCGGAAGCUCCGGUACUUUUGCGUGAAGACCGGGAUACGUACAUAGACGUCGACUUUGGAAAAGUCCAUUUCUUAUCACUUUCUGCUUUGGACCAUUAUCCGCAUAAGCCUCAGUUUCAGGGGCUGUUUCACGGAGUAUUCGUCGGACAUAAUGUGCUUCCUCGAGUGAAACCCAGUGUAUGGUCGAUGGCUAGAGACGAUGCUGUAGUAAUAAUGGAGUCACGGAAAUAUGUGGUAGAGUUAAAAAGAGAUGACGUGAAGGCAUAUGGUAAUCAGAUCCAGCAAGCGGCGACGACAGCGCAGUGCGAGAAGAUUGGCUCUUUUGAUCCCGAAAAGGAUGACUUUGCCAAGUUUCUUAUUAGAAGGAAGAGUGAGAGCACUGACCCAUUUACGUAAAAUAAAAUAAAUAUUAAGUU